AAAUAUCUUCGUAAAUGUCCUCACAAUUACGUAAAUUUUACAAAUACGUUUUGCCGUAAGUUUUAAGUGUAUUUUAAUCAUUUUCUUCCCCAUAAAUGCAAUAAAUUUGUUAAAAUGUUGGCAAUCAAAACCUUAGGAGCUUCGGUUCCUAGCACUGCGCUCUCGGUGUUAAAGAAAGGAGCAUUUGCCCCGGUAUUAGAUCAAGUGAGGCAAACACAUUUGCCUGCACCAAAGCCCAACGAAAAGCGCUUGUACUCUCCUUUUCAAGAUGCCACAAAUAUGGCUGAAUAUGCUGUAGCGCGUCUUGAUGAUUUACUGAAUUGGGGAAGAAAAGGUUCUAUUUGGCCUAUGACCUUUGGGCUUGCUUGUUGUGCCGUAGAGAUGAUGCACUUUGCUGCUCCACGUUACGAUAUGGACAGAUAUGGUGUAGUUUUCCGUGCAUCUCCACGUCAAUCAGAUGUAAUGAUUGUUGCUGGCACACUUACCAACAAAAUGGCCCCUGCUCUCAGAAAAGUGUAUGACCAAAUGCCUGAUCCACGAUGGGUUAUAUCUAUGGGUAGCUGUGCAAACGGUGGUGGUUACUACCAUUACUCUUAUUCAGUUGUAAGGGGUUGUGAUCGAAUCGUACCUGUUGAUAUUUAUGUACCAGGCUGUCCACCAACAGCUGAAGCUUUGCUUUAUGGUGUUCUCCAACUACAGAAAAAGGUCAAAAGAAUGAAGACUAUACAAAUCUGGUACAGGAAGUAAUAAUUCAAAUGGAAAUAAAUCAAGUAAUAUGAGUAGCUCUUCUUUCAUUAUUUAUAUUAGUAAUGUCUCAAUAUCCCUAAAGCAAUAGAAAUAUAAUGUAAUUUAAGCAUCA